GUUAUUGCUGAUCGUACUUGAUCCUUUGCAGCUGUGACUCUUUACGCUCCAAUUAUUUUUAAUAAGUAAUUGUUAACAGUCGUCAAUUUUUGAUUAUAAUUCGUUUAUAUCACUUUAGUUGCAACAAUUUAAAUUUUCUUGUGUUUGACGAAUAGUCCUUGGACGACCUAACCUAUAUCUGAACAUUUUGGAAAACGUCUUUAAUUUUUUUAUUCAGUUUUCACAACAAUGACUGAUCCAAAGCACUGUCAGUUUUUCUUGAACCGAAAAAAUCGCUUUUGCCGAAUGACAGUGAAAAAGGACACGAGAUUUUGUGGAGAACAUUUAUCUUCACUUGAAUUUAAUCAAAGAAGGAUACCAUGUCCACUUGAUUCAUCUCAUACUUGUUUUCAAUCUAAACUACAAAAACACUUAAAAGUUUGCAAUGCUAAGAAUAAGCAAGAUAUGCAGCCACUAUAUGUUGUCAAAGGUAUAAAUUUAGGUGAGCCAGAGGAAUUUCCCGAUGAUAUACCUUUCUUUCUUUCUUCAGUUAAUAAAAGUAUCAUUUAUAGUGUACUUAAUAAAAUAAAAAAUGCAUAUGUCAAGUUACCAGAGAUACCAGAGAAAAUACUGAACCAUGAGGUAUUAGAACAAGAAUUGAAAAAUCCAAUUAAUGGUCGAGAAGCCAAAAGGCAUUUGAAACAAACAGCAUCUCUGUUAGGACAUUUAAAACAAGCUAACCUAAUUCACGAAAAUACGUGUUUUAUUGAAUUUGGAGCUGGUCGUGGUAAAUUGUCAUACUGGCUAGCACAAGCAAUGAAAAAUCAAACUAAUUCUUCAAUUUUGUUGGUUGACCGCUCUAAUCACAGACAUAAAUUGGAUAAUAAAUUGAAAGACCAGAAUUCUAAGAUUAAAGUUGUCAGAGUUAGAGCAGACAUUGCCGAUUUGAAAUUAAGUGAUAUUCCUGAGGUUAAGGAAAAGCAAUGUUGGGUGGGAGUAGCCAAGCACGUCUGUGGUGCAGCUACAGACUUGGCUCUGAGAUGCAUAACAAAUGCAAUCCCUGACACAGUAGGCACAAAAACUGGCAUAGUUAUUGCAUUUUGCUGCCAUCAUCAAUGUAUAUAUUCAGAUUAUGUUGGUCAUAAUUACCUGGAAAAUGAAGGUUUUACAAAGGAUGAUUUUCCAAUUCUUUGUAAAAUUGCUAGUUGGGCAACAUGUAGCAAUAAAUUGUAUACAGACAAUGAAGACUCUGAAAGGGAAGCCACAGGACGUAAAGCAAAAACUUUACUCAAUUGGGGUCGGCUAGAGUACUUGAAAGACUUAGGGUUCACUGGCAGUCUCUUACAUUACACAAGUAUUAAUAGUACAUUAGAAAACAUGUGCUUAGUAGCAACUUAUGAAAAAAGGCAAUGUACUAAAAGUAACAAAUUAGCAAAUUAAAAAAAAAAAUAAUUUAUAAUUAAUUUAUUGAAAAUUGUUAAUUUUUGUAC